AUGGCUUUCAGUGCAGCUCUGGUGCUCUGGAUGGCUUGGAUCUUCCCUGCUGUCCUCUGCUUUUCAGAUGGAACACUAGGAAGGCAAAAUGCAGUCCAGGAAGGGCAAGACACUCAAAAAAAAUGGCCCAGUCUCACAUUGGCCUCCUUGAACACUGACUUUGCCUUCAUCCUGUACAAGAAGUUGGCUUUGAAGAAUCCACAUAAAAAUAUCGUCUUUUCCCCAUUUGUCAUAGCAACUGCCUUGGCCUCCUUGUCUCUAGGAGCAAAGGGCAAGACCCUGGAAGAGAUUCUAGAGCUUCUCAUGUUUAAUGUCAGAGAGACCCCUGAGGCAGACAUCCACCAGUGCUUUGAGCACCUUCUACAGAGGCUCAGCCAGCCAGGGGACCAGGUACAGAUCAGCACAGGCAAUGCCCUGUUUGUUGAAAAGCCCCUGAAGAUCCUGGCAGAGUUCAAGGAGAAGGCAAGGGCUCUCUACCAGACUGAGGUCUUCACGGCAGAUUUCCAGCAGCCUUGUCAGGCCACAAAGCUCAUCAAUGACUAUGUGAGCAAUCAGACCCAGGGGAAGAUCAAGGAACUCAUCUCAGACCUGGAGGAGAGGACAUCCAUGGUGAUGGUGGAUGCUAUCCUUUUUACAGGUAAAUGGAAGGUGCCCUUUGACCCUGAUGACACGUUCAUGGGAAAAUUUAUAUUGGACAGUAAGAGGUCUGUGAAGGUGUCCAUGAUGAAAAUUGAGAACCUGAGGACACCCUACUUCCGGGAUGAGGAACUGAAAUGCACUGUGGUGGAGCUGAACUACAAAAGCAAUGUCAAGGCCAUGUUCAUCCUCCCUGACCAGGGCAGGAUGCAGCAGGUGGAAGCCAGCUUGCAACCAGAGACCCUGAGGAAGUGGAGGAAAUCACUGAGGCCCAGGAUGAUAGAUGAGCUCCACCUACCCAAGUUUUCCUUAUCCCAACACUAUAACCUAGAAGACAUCCUUCCAGAGCUGGGUAUCAGGGAACUCUUCUCCACACAGGCUGACCUUUCUGGCAUCACAGGUGCCAAGAACAUAAUAGUCUCUCAGAUAGUCCACAGUGCUGUGCUGAACAUGACUGAGCAAGGCACAGAAGCAGAUGCCACCAUGAUGUUUGAAUAUGACUUCCUGUCUGCAAAAAUUAAACCUACAAUUGUUAGUGUUGAGGUGAAAUUCCUGUACAUUGUUUUAGUACCAAGUUCUGAGUUUAUCCUCUUUAUGGGCAAGGUUAUCAACCCUUUAGAAAACUAG